AAAUAAAAAAAAAUAAAAAAAUCUCUCAAUCUCUCUCUCUCUCUUUCUUUCUCUCUCCAUUUUCUGGCGUGAUUUGCUUUGCUCUGCUCCUCCAAAUCCUCUCGUAGUUGGAGAAUGGAACCGAUCGUGUUGACUCAGGUGGCGACUGGGCUGAGCGUAUUGGUCGGAGCGGUGCUGGUGAAAUCGGUGAUGGACCAGAAGCCCAUGGCCGGCCCAUUCCCGAGGUGCCCGAGCUGCAACGGCACGGGCCGUGUCACGUGUCUCUGCUCGCGGUGGUCCGACGGCGACAUCGGAUGCCGGACGUGCGCCGGGUCGGGCCGCAUGGGCUGCAGCAGCUGUGGAGGGUCCGGUACGGGCCGGCCCAUCACGGCCCAAAUCUCUGUACGGCGUCCGAACGGUCCCUCGUGAUGUGAAUGGAUGACAGGAGAAAGAACGGUUUGUUCUUCAAAGUAGAGAUUUAUUUCUAUAGUUGCUAUACAAUCUUACUUUCUCUCUCUCUCUCUUUUUUUUUUUUUUGGGAAAUUAAAAUUAGUUCUGUAUAAUAUAUAAGCUGAUGAUAUGCCACUUUUGAGAGAGGGAAAAAGGGUGAGAGAUUUGCUAGGAUGUAAUGAACUCAAUUGUACUGAAUUUCAAUGAAAUGAGACAUACAUGAUCUAAUAUA